AUGGCCGACGUUGGAAAAGCAGGCGCUAAAAGACCAACUCGCACUCGCUCGCAACGUGCAGGACUCGUGUUCCCAGUGACGAGAGUUCAAAAGGCGCUCAAGAAGAAAAUUGGUAGAUCUGUUAGUGGACCGGCUGCACUCUAUGGAGCAGCUAUUAUCGAGUAUCUGGCAGCUGAAAUUCUGGACCUCGCCGCCAGCGUUGCCAAAGACAACAAAACAAAGCGAGUCACGCCACGUCAUCUCGUACUUGCCAUUCGAUCCGAUGACGAGCUCGAUCAACUCUGUCAGGGCACUAUUGCUGGAGGAGGUGUGAUUCCACAUGUUCACCGCUUCUUGAUGGGAAAUAAGGCUCCAGCCACCCAAACUCCAGCCAUCACCAACAACAACAUUGGAUUUACUCUCUCU